AUUCUUCUUAAAAGAAAAAUGAAAAUAAAGAGGAAAAUCUAUAUGGGAAGAGAUUAAUGGCAAUGGAUGGGGGGAAGGAAACGACGAAAAUGGGUUGAGGCUCGUAAAGUUAAGAUAUAAAACUUCCGUCCUUAAUUUUCCCGAGAAUCACCACCUCCACUUCCACUUCCACUUCCGCUUCAACUCUCUUCCUCUUCCUCCAUCUCAUACUCUCUGCUCUCACCAAUGGCGGACGACAAGAAGCCCAAGUCCGCCACCGUUUGGCCCACUGUCAAGCCCUUUGUUAACGGAGGUGCCUCUGGCAUGCUCGCCACCUGCGUCAUCCAACCGAUUGAUAUGGUCAAGGUGAGAAUUCAAUUGGGUCAAGGAUCGGCUGGCCAGGUUACCAGAACCAUGCUUAAGGAGGAGGGACUUGGUGCCUUUUACAAGGGUUUAUCUGCUGGAUUGCUCAGACAAGCUACAUAUACUACAGCAAGGCUUGGAUCUUUUAAGAUGUUGACAAAUAAAGCAAUUGAAGCGAAUGAGGGAAAGCCGCUUCCACUGUAUCAGAAGGCCUUAUGUGGGCUCACAGCUGGUGCUAUCGGAGCAUCUGUUGGUAGUCCGGCAGACUUAGCUCUUAUUCGGAUGCAAGCAGAUGCAACUUUACCAACUGCCCAGCGCCGAAAUUAUAAAAAUGCCUUCCAUGCACUAUAUCGCAUUCUUGCGGACGAGGGAGUUUUGGCUCUGUGGAAAGGCGCUGGCCCCACUGUAGUGAGAGCAAUGGCAUUAAACAUGGGAAUGCUUGCCUCAUAUGAUCAAAGUGUGGAGUUCUUCAAGGAUAACCUUGGUUUUGGAGAAGCUGCUACGGUGUUGGGUGCAAGUUCGGUAUCAGGAUUCUUUGCUUCAGCAUGUAGUCUACCCUUUGAUUAUGUGAAGACUCAAAUUCAGAAAAUGCAACCCGAUGCUGAGGGCAAAUUUCCCUACUCUGGUUCCUUAGAUUGUGCCAUGAAGACUCUCAAGGCAGGAGGGCCACUCAAAUUUUACACCGGAUUUCCUGUGUAUUGCGUCAGAAUUGCCCCCCAUGUCAUGAUGACAUGGAUUUUCCUAAACCAGAUUCAAAAGCUGGAAACUUCCUAUGGGCUGUAAAGGACUGACCAAGUAAAGUUGAUGGAGAUCCCUUCCGAGUUGAUUUCAGGCUUCAACAAUAAUUAAUUUUUUUCUUCUUCUUUUGUUCUUUGGCCAUGUUGUACUCUAACUUUCUUUUAAUGCAGAUUUCCAGACUUGAGUUUAAAAGCGUUUUAAGCUUGCCCUUCUGUGUGAAUAUGAAUAGAGGUAGCAACAGGGUAUACAAUUGCUUCUGUAAUUUGAAUGCGCCAGAUUCUUACCGGGAAAAACAUGAAUCAUGAGAUGUUUGAGAAUAAAAUAUUUGAGACUGAAAGAUAACUGUGAGAAUGUUAUUGGA